UAUAAUAAUCUUUUUCGAUAUUUUUUUCGUCUUCCCUUUGUCACGCCGGUCGUAAGGCCCAUACAAAGACAAAUUUCUCACACAAAGAAAACCCCCCACAAACAAAUAAACACUCCUAAAAUAUUGCCACUCACUGUUGUUUACCUUUCUUGAUUUUCUAUUAUGAUCACCAUUAACAAACACUAGUACUUCUUAGAGGGCCAUAAACAAUUUUUUGGAAACAUGAAUGACCUGCUAGCGGAUUCAAGCUUUGUUGAAGGCAAAGAUAAUGCUUCCAAAGAAUUUGAUAUCGAAAUGGGCCACCGAUUUACGAGGAGCCAGUCAGAUUCUGGAACUGACAGCUUUAAUAAGCAGAUACAAGAAAUCGAGAAACAGGUCGAUAAACUUUCUGGUUUACUGAAGACCCUUAAGGAUGCUAAUGAGGAAACAAAAACUGUUACUAAAGCAUCAGCAAUGAAAGCAAUAAGGAAGCGGAUGGAGAAAGAUAUAGAUGAGGUUGGGAAGAUUGCAAGAAAUGUCAAAGCAAAAAUAGAAUCAAUAAACAAAGAGAACUUGGCCAAUAGACAAAAGCCUGGAUGUGGAAAGGGUACAAGUGUUGACAGAUCAAGGACAAAUAUGACCAAUGCAUUGACGAAGAAGUUCAGAGAUGUUAUGACAGAAUUUCAGACAUUAAGGCAGAGGAUAGACAACGAAUAUCGUGAGGUCGUAGAGCGAAGGGUGAUCACAGUAACUGGAACUAGACCAGAUGAGGAGACAAUAAACAACCUGAUUGAAACUGGAAACAGCGAACAAAUCUUCCAGAAUGCUAUCCAAGGAAUGGGCCGCGGUCAGAUCUUAAGCACCGUAGAAGAAAUUCAGGAAAGACAUGAUGCAGUGAAGGAAAUUGAGAGAAAGCUUCUUGAUCUGCAUCAAAUUUAUCUAGAUAUGGCUGUUCUGGUUGAAGCUCAAGGAGAUUUGUUAGAUAAUAUCGAAACACAGGUGACAAAUACAGUUGAUUAUGUCCAAUCAGGGACUACUGCUCUUCAGACCGCAAAGAAACUACAGAAGGGCUCUCGAAAAUGCCUGUGCAUUGGCAUUAUACUUCUCUUAUUUAUAGCAGCUAUAAUAGUUAUCCCCAUCGUUCUCAAACAACCUUGGAAGAGUAACAAGGCAGCUUAACUUUUUGUUUUCGAGCUGUGCAUGUGACGUGUGUGUGUGUGCCUUUUGUUAAAAGCUAAGCCUCAAAAUUUUCAGCCGAGUCGUGUUAGCUUGUCUAUAGCGUGCCUUGUCGAUUAUAUUCCUUUACUUUUUUGGCCACUUCAUUAACUAGCUUUUGGUGUUAACAUUCUGCUAAUUUGUCCAUGAAUAUGUGGAUUAGUAUAUAUUGUAGUUUCUUAGAGGCUUGAUUAAGUCGUAAAAACA